GCUCUUGUUUCCGCCGGGCCGCCAGAGCGAAGGACCAGCUUCCGGCAGCCUGUGCCGCGUGUGCUGUUCGGCUUCCGGCCGGUUGUGGGUCUCCGCCGCUGACAUGGGGAAAGUGAGGGGCCUGCGGUCCCGGGUGCACAAGGCUGCCGUGAGGCCCACGGGGGAGGCCGCGCCCGGCCCCGCGCCCCCUGCCCGGGAGGCGGCCUCUCUGCAGGCCUCGGCUGGCGGAAUCGGGGGGAAGGAGUGGGCUUUCAUGAAUGCCAGUGUGUUUGCCGGGACCACGAUAGACCCCAGCGCCUUGGUGCAGAAGCUGGACGUGGACGCAAGGAGCAGCGCCUCCGUCAGGAGAGGUGCCAAGGCCAAGGCUGUUUUGCCCAAGAAGGAGAAGCUGAAGCUGAGGCGCGAGAGGUGGCUGCAGAAGAUCGAAGCCACAAGGCUGGCGGAGCAGAAUCGCAAGGCGGAGCGGAGGCGCAGGGCCACAGUGGUGGUAGGGGACCUGCAGCCUCUGAGGGACGCCCUGCCCGAGCUGCUGGAGCUGGAGACAGGUGGCCGGCGCAGGGCGGCCAUCGGGCCCCGGGCAGCCCAGCUGAGCCGGAUGAGUGCGGCGCAGAGGUUCCAGCUCCUGCUCGGUGUUCGCUGCUGUCCACUGGGAGAAAGGGUGCCGUCCAGCCUGGAGCCUAGAGGAGCCGAGAGGCAUCACCGGGUUUCAAAGUCCUUCCGCUCAGAAGGGAGCUGUCAUCGGGAGGCCAGAUCCUGCCUGACUCACCCUCCUUGCUGUUACUCUGAUGCAACUUUACCCAAGGUCAGGUUUAGGAGUUCUGGGUCGGUAUCAGCUACUACAUGAAAAAGGGGUUCUUUGGCCAAAAUUGUUUGGGGGACACAGAGCCAGGCAAGUUUGAACACAGGCCCUACAGCAGGACUUAUCAGUGCCUUUAACGGGCUAAUGUGAACGCUGACCCUCUGGGGAUGGGGUGGGGGGCAGCAGGAUUCUCAAACUAAUUGGUGUUUUAAUUUUCAUGGAAAUUCUCACAGGGUCAGUGUCUGAGGAACAUAUUUUGAGAAUGCUGCUUCAGAACAGCCAACAACAGAAAAUAUAGGGCAGAGAUUUUUAAAAAACGAAACCUUAACUCUUCCUCACUUUCUUCUUAUUGUUUAACAUCUGAGAAGGACCUUCUCAGUCCAUCCUCCCGCCUCACCUGGCUCUCACCUGGCCUCUGGGCA